CAGGAAGAAAGCUGGGUGAGGAAAGGAUGCCGACUUUGGAUUCCGACGUAGAAUCCUCCCACCACGCUUCCUCUUUAACCAAAAAACUUGUGGUCCAUUCCGUCCGAUCUGCAACGUCGAUUCCUCUUUCAUCGCCUGCCUCUGAUGAAAGCCUAGACGAUCGCUCCAGCAUUGAAAGCGGAGGAAUCAUCCCUUACGAAGAUCCACUGAUCCAAUGAAGCCCCUGCUGCGAUUGACGGUG